AUGCGGGAGAAGGUGCAGUUUGUCCAAAAGGAGUACCAGAUUCUAAAAGAGGAGCUGGCACAGUUAGAUCAAGAUCUCGGCGCGCAGCGAGAUCUGGUCACCAAGACCAAGCAUGAGCGGGAUGAGCAUAGGCAAGAGUACGCCUCGCUGAAGCAGCAAACCGGCAUCAUGAACUCUGAGCACCUGACGAAGGAUUUCAAGGACCGUGCGGAUCGCAUCAAGGAGCUCAAGGAUCAAAUCACCCAGCUGAAAAAGCGCCACGGUCAGAUGUCGCAGCGCAGAUCUCAGAUACCAGGAUGUCUUGUGGCGUGCAUGGCGUAUGCUAUAAGCAUGCUGUGGACAGUGCCGCUCGGACAUUUUAGCCAGAUGUUGCAAGCUCACGUUCGUUUUGGUGCAAUGUAA